AUGGGUCUACUGAGUUCUAAAAACCGCGAGACCAAGCAAGCCCGGAUUCUUCUUUUGGGACUUGACUCAGCUGGGAAGUCUACCCUCCUUUACAAAUUAAAGCUUGCUAAGGGUAUUACGACCAUCCCAACAGUAGGUUUCAACGUGGAGAUGAUCGAGUUGGAAAAGAGUCUUUCACUCACGGUCUGGGAUGUUGGAGGACAGGAGAAAAUGAGAACCGUGUGGAAGUAUUACUGUGAGAACACCGAUGGGCUGAUGUAUGUUGUGGAUAGUACGGACAAGCAGCGACUGGAAGACUCCAGGAGAGAGCUGAAGCACAUUUUGAAGAAUGAACACAUUAAAAAUGUGCCUGUUGUCCUGUUAGCCAACAAACAGGAUGUACCUGGAGCUCUGACUGCCGAAGACAUCACCAGAACGUUCAGAGUGAAGAAGCUCUGCAGUGACCGGAACUGGUAUGUGCAACCCUGCUGUGCCAUCACCGGGGAUGGACUGAUGGAGGGGUUCAGGAAAUUGACUGGAUUUGUGAAAAGCCACAUGAAAUCAAGAGGAGACACUUUAGCAUUCUUUAAGCAGAACUGA